AUGCCGAAACCGCAUCAGACAAAUGGCUCAGACUUUUCGGACGCCGAGAUCGACCCCAGGGCCGAGAGCAGACUCGUCAGGAAGCUGGACUUGAUCAUAUUUCCUACCUUCUUCGUGAUCUACAUGAUGUCCUUCCUGGACCGCAUCAACAUCAGCAAUGCGCGUAUUCAGGGAAUGGUCGAGGACCUUGACUUGACAGGCAACAAGUUCAACAUCGCGCUGUUUACCUAUUACAUCUCUUAUAUCCUGUUGGAGGUUCCUUCCAACAUGGUUAUCAAGCGAUUUCGCCCUUCCUUGUACCUGUCGACUCUGAUGUUCUGCUGGGGAAUUAUCAAUAUGUGCAUGGGAUUUGUACACUCAUACAAUUCGCUUAUUGGCCUUCGAUUCCUCCUCGGCAUCUUCGAGGCUGGUGUCCUUCCGGGAAUCAUUUAUGUCACAUCCAUGUACUACAAACGACACGAGUAUCAAAAGCGCAUGUCCUUCUUCUUCUGCAGCACCGUCGUCGCUGGCGCAUUUGGCGGACUCCUGGCCUACGCGAUAUCCAAGCUUGGGGGCCAACAUGGGCUUGCUGCCUGGCGCUGGAUCUUCAUCAUCGAAGGCGCUAUAACCUCCACAUUUGCAAUCUUUGCCGCUUUUCUCAUAAUUGACUGGCCGGAGCAGACCAAGUAUCUCACCGCGGAGGAAAAGGAGCUGCUUCGCCGCCGCCUUGCAGCCGAUAUCGAUGAAACGUGCCGCAUGGACGUUCUCAACAAGGCUUCGUUUCAACGGAUCAUAUCAGAUUACAAAAUCUGGCUCGGAGCUUUGAUUUACAUGGGUGUCGGUGUUCCAGGUCUCUCGGGAACCUUCUUCCUCCCUACGAUCCUCCUCGAGUUCAACUGGAAAGCUCAAGAGGCGCAAGUCCGUACGAUCCCCGUUUACGUGCUCGCAGGCGGCACCAUGGUCAUCGGUGCCUGGGCUUCAGACAAAUUGAGACAUCGUUUCAGCUUCUUCGUCGCUGGAACGAGCAUGGUCACCAUUGGUUACGGGAUGCUGCUGGCUCAGGAAGGCAAGUCUCGGGACUACAAGUUCGGCGCCGUCUUCUUGGUCUUUGGAGGCGCCUACAUGGUUACACCCAUGGCGCUUGCAUGGCUUCAGAAUAACCUUUCUGGCCAUUGGAAGCGUGCAUUUGGCUCGUCCAUUCAAGUAACGAUAGGGAACAUUGCUGGCAUAAUCGGAAGCAACAUCUACCUCGUCGACGAAGCACCCACUUAUGUCACUGGAUACAGCGUUUCGCUUGCCAUGAUGUGGUUGGGAAUGAUCUCUGCGACAAUACUCUUUCUACUCAUGUGGAGAGAGAACAAGAAGCGUGAGGCCGGAGAAAGGGAUGAUAGACUGCGCUUGCUGGAGGACGAAAAGAACAACUUGGGCGACGACUAUCCCACCUUUCGAUUUACUCUUUGA